AUGAUCAGGGGUUACUUGCAGCACCGCAAUAGGAUACCAUCAUCGCCCAUCGCCUCUGGGCCCACCGCUGUUACUCCGCCACACUCCCGCUCCGGAUCUGGCUGGCAGCCGCUGGUGGUGGUUCCGUCCAAGGCUCGAUCCUCUGGGCUCGGGGCCACCGAGCUCAUCAUCGCUAUACGGACACUGAAAAAGGACCCAUAUUCGCAGGCUACAUUCUGCGUGAACUCGCUGGCCCACUUGCUGGGCGAGCAGCCGUUUGAUGACCGCAAUUCACCGCGCGAUCAUGUUGUUACAGCCCUCGUCACGCUAGGCGAGGGCUAUCAUAACUUCCACCAUGAGUUCCCUUCCGACUACCGCAACGCGAUCGAAUGGCACCAGUAUUAUCCUACCAAAUGGACAAUCUGGCUCUGGAAACAAGUCGGUCUCGCCCAUCAUCUGAAACAAUUCCGUGCCAAUGAGAUUGAAAGGGGGCGCCUGCAACAGCUGCAACAGCUGCAACAGCUGCAGAAGCAAGUAGAUAGGAGACGGAUCCAGUUGGACUGGGGGCGGUCUCUCGAGGAGCUGCCGGUCAUGGAGUGGGAGGAGUAUGUCGAUCGGGCCAAGAAGCGUGGCCUCGUUGCCAUUGCUGGGCUUGUUCAUGAUGUGACUGGGUUCAUUAAGGAGCAUCCCGGCGGCAAGGCGAUGAUCCAGUCGGGGAUCGGCAAGGAUGCCACGGCUAUUUUUAAUGGAGGCGUAUACAAUCAUUCUACGGAGUAA